AUGGGAAACUCUGAAAGUGUAGAUGUUCCCGGCGGCGGAACAGAUGGAUAUCACGUUCUAAAAGUCCAAGAAAAUUCUCCUGCCAGUAUCGCAGGACUUCAACCAUUUUUUGAUUUUAUUAUAUCUAUUAACGGCACCCGGCUAGAUCGAGAAAAUGAUACACUUAGGACGAUACUCAAAAACGGACUAGGAAAGCAACUUCCACUAACCAUCUAUAGUUAUAAAACUCAAAGCGUGAGAACUGUGACAGUAGUACCAAGCGACACAUGGGGAGGCCAAGGCUAUUUAGGAGUAAGCAUAAAAUUUUGUUCCUUUGAUGUUGCCAAAGAAAUUGUAUGGCACAUUUUGGAAGUACAUCCAAAUUCACCAGCAUCUCUAGCAAAUCUUAGACCAUUUUCAGAUUACAUCAUUGGUGCAGAUUCUAUAUUACAUGAGAGUGAAGAUCUAUAUAAUUUAAUAGAGAACCAUGAUGGAGUUCCUUUGAAGUUUUAUGUAUAUAAUUCUGAUGAUGAUACUUGUCGAGAUGUAACUAUAACACCAAAUUCAAAGUGGGGUGGUGAUGGUAUGCUAGGCUGUGGUAUAGGUUAUGGAUAUUUACAUCGAAUUCCUGUAAGAGGCAGUGCGAUCCAACCUCCUCCAACUACAACUAUAUUUAAUCAAGUUCCAACAAUAUCACCAUCUAAUGACCAGUCUGCUAGUCCAGCUACCACUCAACCCAUUACAAAUUUAAUUCAAAAAACAGAAAAUUUGAAUUUGGAGGCAACUGGACAAGCAGUCCAAGACACUCAUGUUACUAAUGUUUUAUCUACGGCUGCCAGCACAAUUCAACAGGACCCAACAGUUUAUACCUCAAAUGUACCAGCACCUUCAUCCAUUCCGAAUUUCAACAUGAAUUUCCAAAACCCUCCAGCGAGUAAUGAUAUCCCAUCAUUUGAUAUGAAUAAAUUUUCUAAUCCUCAGAAUCCUGUAACUUCAGAGGCAGUUGUACAUCCUCAAGUCUCACUACAAUCUCCCCAACCUAUUAUUACUCCAACCAUGUAUAAUCCUGCUGAUUACCCUGCUUUUAGUCCAGCCCAGCCUUCAACACAGACCACAGUUCCUGUGUAUUCAUAUCCCCAAAUGCAAUCUAGUGGGGCUCCAACAAAUGUAUUACAUACUACUCCUAAUUCUUCACUGCCUCCACCACCUCUGUCAGGUUUUCUAAAUCAACCUAUUAUUUUUGAUCCUCAUAUAGCAGCACAAUCAGCUCAACAGUUGCUAAGUGGAACUGUUACUACAUCUUCUAGUUAA